AUGGCUGCGGAUAUUCCGGCAAAACCUGAGGAUAAAGAGGGAGAUGGUUGUUGGCUAAGCAUGCAUGCUCGCUUUCUAUCUCAGGGGCGCGACAAGGAGCCAGAAAUCUUAUUCAUUGGCGACUCCAUUUUAUUUAAUUUUGAGGCUACACAAACUUACAAAACAUAUAUUGAACCUCUUCACUGUCUAAAUUUUUCAAUUCCAAAUGAUGAGACUCAAAACGUUCUUUGGCGAGUGCUCAACGGCGAGCUGGAUGAAGUUAAAGUGAAGGUUGUCGUCAUGGCUGUCGGAACUCAUAAUAAGUGUUCUGCGGCUGAAAUCGUAAACGGAGUUCUUUCGAUCUUAAAGGUUGUCAAGGAAAAGCAACCGGAAGCUCGUAUUGUGGUCCUGGGUCUGCUACCCUGCGGCAAGAAGCCCAAUCCACGUCGGGCUAAGCAUCUAGAGGUGAACCGACUGUUAGCGGCCAAUCUCAGUCAUCCCGGGGGCCGUGUGGUCUUCCUCUGUCCGGAGUGGGACGCCCUCCUCCAACCCGACGGUUCCAUCGCGCACCGCGACAUGCUCGACUACCUCCACCCCACGGAGGCGGGUUAUGUCAAGUUCAUAGAACCCUUGGUGGAGGAGUUACAGACCUCCCUUCAGACUUUCCUUAAAACCAAUGCCCCCUCCUCCAGUGUACAGCCUAUUAAGCGAGUCGCGGAAAGGGUGUUUACCUUCAGCCGCUGCUGGGUUUUCUCCGAAUUCGAGGUGGGGACUCUUGGCAAGGAAAUGGAACGAGACCUCCUCAGGGAAGGAGACUGUGUUAAAUGGUCUGAGGCCACGUGCCAGAGAGCAGCGCUUAAAGGCGUCGCGGCGACCGCACCUUCAGGCACUCACACCGCUCCAGGUGUGGAGCAAGUGGACGAGGGCCUAUCGAUCGAGGCACACGUGCGCACUUCAGCUAGCAAGCGAGGUGUGGAGUGCGCGUGGUUGCCAACUCUUAAGCUUCGCCGUUGCAUGUUUGAGGCGACGAUUCGCCGCUAUUAA